AUGCGCGCCAGCAGCAAGAGGCGGACCGGCUGGUGCCCGCGGGCGGCGCUUCUGCUUCUAGCGGUUCUCACCUUUGGCAGCUUCCACCACGGACUAGGGGAUAACGUCAGCCUGAGAAAGAAUAUCAGCAAAAGAAGCAACCAGGGUCAGCAUCUGAAUCUAUUGGACAGUCUUCGCCCUUUGCGGCGCACAAAAAGAAGAUGGAUUAUUGCCACCCUGGAACUUGAGGAGGAAGACAAAGGCCCAUUCCCUAAAUUCGUUGGAGAGCUCUUCAAUAAUAAAUCACAAGAUAUGACCAUAAAAUAUUUAAUCAGUGGUCCGGGUGUCGAUGAGUAUCCAGAGCCUGGCUUGUUUUCUCUCGGGGAUGAUUCCCGGGGACUCGUUUAUGUACAUCGUUCCAUUGAUCGAGAGACCACUCCUUCUUUCUUAGUACGUUUUGAUGUUGCAAGUACAGCUACUGGAGAGAUAGUAGACAGAUCGUUACUCUUCAAUGUUAAGAUUAACGACAUAAAUGAUAAUGCUCCAAAGUUUUCCCAGAACGAAUUUAACAUCACUGUGAAAGAAAAUCACCAUAGAGAUGAACCAGUUUUCCAUAUUACGGCCUCUGACAAUGAUGAAGAAGGCACAGCCAAUUCUCGAGUGGCGUAUUCCCUUGUUUCACAGACCCCUAGUCCAAAGGAGCCUGUCUUCACUGUUGAACCAUCAACUGGUCUGAUUCGCAUUUCAGGAUGUUCACACUACGAGGGUGCCACCACUUUUAAACUCCUGAUCAAGGCUACGGACCAUGGAAUUCCUCAGCUGUCAUCAACGGCAACGGUUAAUGUUGCCAUUGAAGAUUCGAACAACCACCUGCCUGAGUUUACUAAAGAAAAUUAUCGACUGGAUGUCACAGAAGGCCAAACAGAAGGUGAUGUCCUACGCCUCAGUGUGGAAGAUAAAGACACUCGAGGCACAUCUGCUUGGAAAGCAAAAUAUAAGAUCGUGAGAGGAAACGAAAGAGGGAAUUUUAUCAUUAAGACAGAUCCUAACACCAACGAUGGGGUUAUAAGCAUCAUAAAGCCUUUGGUUUAUGAUGACAUCCCUGGAAGGAGCCUCGUCAUAUCUGUGGAGAAUGAAGAACCCUUUUCUUCAUGUGACAGAGGCCAAAUGCGGAGCCUUCAUGUAACCCCCAGGAAUGCAGUUGUGAAUGUUACUGUCCUAGACACCAAUGAUGCCCCUCAGUUUCAUCCUCCUGUCCUUGCUCUUCGUCGAGAGGAAGGGAUGAGGCCUGGGACCCAUCUUGGGCAGUACACAGCUAGGGACCCAGACAGGGUCUCGAAUGCAAUAAGAUAUAAAGUAGCUUUUGACCCAGCUCGCUGGGUGGCUGUCGAAGAAAGCUCUGGGAUUUUAACAACAAAGGAAAUCCUGGACCGAGAAUCUCCCUGGGUGAACAGCAGCACCUACACCAUCCUCAUCCAUGCCAUUGAUGAUGGUGUGCCACCACAGACGGGCACAGGCACCGUCCAGCUUUUCCUGUUUGACAUUAAUGACAGUGCACCAAAACUCAUCACACCAUUUCUGGAGGUCUGUGAGGGAACAGAGAAACGUCUGUUCCAGAUUGAAGCUGAGGACAAAGAUGACUUCCCUCAUGCGGGGCCUUUUACAUUCCACCUGGUUGGGGGCUCAGAGAGCACAAAGGAUGUUUGGAAACUGGGACAGAAUUUUGGUAAUUCAGCUGAGCUGCUGAUGUUGAAAAGCCUCCCUGCUGGCAACUACUCGGUGCCUUUCCGUAUUUUGGACAAGCAGGCCUUCUCCAGGGACCAGAGCCUCUAUGUCAGGGUGUGUCCCUGUCUGGAUGGGAGGACGUGUGAUCCAGAGGCUGCAUAUGCCUAAGCGGUAGUUGGGGGUGGAGCGAUUGCUGCCAUCUUGGCUGCGAUCUUCUUAUUCAUGUUGGGCUUAGGCCUCCUCCUGUGGUGCUCCUGCUAUUCUGACACAGCCUCGAAGAACAACGUGCCUUUCAUUCCAAGUGAAACGGGAAACCAGUCUUUAAUCCACUACAAUGAAGAAAGCCACCAAGUGCUGUCUCAGGACACGCCUGAUGCUAGAUAUCGUAUUUCACCAUCCGCUGUGUAUGCAGAAAUUCUCAAGGAGAAGCUCCCAGCUCUUAAGGAAGUACCUAGAAUGACCACCUCGCAUUCCCGGACAUCCAGUCAAGUUCACUUUGAAGAAACUUUCUCUCACGGCCAAGGAAUGAUCCAGGAAAAACCAUUGGGGAACACUGACUAUUCCUACGGAAGGAUAGUGCUACCAACAAGAGAUCCCAAUCCUUUCUGGAACCAGCAGAGCUUGAAUUCUCAAAGGAAUGAAAUGACCUGGAACAAACCACAUGACUACUUUGUAGAGGCCGUGGGCAAAAUGCUGAAUCAGAGACUCCACCACGUUGCCAGCCUAGAGGACGACGUGAUGGAUUCUGGCUCACCACUUGUUUUUGCUGAAGAAGGAAGCGUGGGGGAGAAUGAAUCCUUAUGGUCCCUCCCUUUGACAGAGGACAGCGGCCUGCCUCCAGACUUCAUGGAUACACUGGGGCCUAGGUUUGCCCCCUUGAGCAGAAUGUGCAGCAAGUGA